AAACUUAGUGACACAUGAGAAAAUACUUACUUCGUGGUGAAUUCUUUCCGCUUAUCUUCUUCCAAACUUUAGUCCAGGAUCGUCUGAUCCUUCCUCCUCUUGAGCCGGGGGAGGAGUCUCCCUCUUCGGCUGGAGUGUCCGGGGGUGUCCCCUCCUCAUGGUCGUCACAGCUGCCUGGAACGCGUCUCUCCUCUUCCCACUGGUCAUCCUCGUCAUCUCUGUCGAGGACCCCCGCAUCUAUCAACUGCUCCAGGACAGACUCAUCCACCUUCAGCCCGGUCUUAAUCGUCCUCUCUUCGGGAAUGAUUGUGGUGAGUCGACACAGCGGGCAGAGGAUGGACCUGUCAGCCUCAAGACGCGCUUCAUCAGCGGGUCGUGAAAGGGCCAGCAGGCAGGUCUCACAGAAGCUGUGUUUGCAGUCGAGCUCUCGGGGACACCGCCAACCCGUGUUGUAACCUGCACAUCACCAAGGGUUUAAUUAAUGCUCAGCAAACCACACUGAGAUGCCUCAUGGGAGAAGAGACAGAGAAACGAGGACGAGUAGAAUCAGGGGAGGACGACACUCUUCCAGGAUGAGAUCUGCACCAACAUGAGGAAGAGUGUGAUUUGAGAGAGGGGAAGUACCCGGUCAGAGGUGGGCAUCAAAGUGAGCUCUGAUCUAAGGGAGUGUGCAGCUGUUCUGAUUUCCCAAGAUAACUCCAUCCACCCCGUCCCCUCACCAUGACAGAGGAUGUUGUCCCAGCUCCCCAGCAGGGAGACCCAGCUGCAAUGGCACCCGUCCCUAGCACCACCCCUGGGGAACCCAUGGAUGUGGAGUGUCCCAUCUGCUACCAGGAGUACAACCAGUACAACAAAUGCCCCAGAAUGCUGGAGUGCCUCCAUGUUUUCUGUUCUGAGUGCCUCCAGAGGAUCCAGCUCUGCCCCUCUGACCCCGCUGACCCCCACAGCCCAGCCGCCAUCCCUUGCCCGCUCUGCCGCCACCUCACCCCUCUGGAAGCCGGGGACGCCCUCUCUUUACCCUGCAACUCCCGCAUCCUCUCCAGGCUGCCCCCCGGAGCCUUCCGCAUGCCUGUAACCAUGUCAGCUCGCCUGGCAACCGUCACCCAGAGAGUGGUGUUGUCCCUGGAGGGCGACAGCAGGGACACCCGCUUCAUCAUCCUGCCCACUGUCAGCCUGCGGGUUCAGCAGAUGCACCCGGACCGGCCGUACGGCACGGCACCGGGCCUGAUGGGAGAAGAGGAAGUCAUACAGCAGAGCAAGAAGACGCUGUUCUGUGUGCAGCUGCUGGCGGUCGUUUUCUGGGUGCUGUUUGUGAUCACAUGCGUGGUCGGGGUUGUGUUUGGGCCACAUUUCUUAAACAGAAAACUUUAAAAGAGAACUCAAAAGCCUCUUAUAGAAGCAGUUUUCAUGAAGUCUUAUUAUGGGCUGGUGACAGGGGGGGCUCUGUAGAAAGUAGGUUAACAAUUUUUCUGAGGAUAUUUUUAAAUACUUACGUUGCUAUCCACAGGGCCAACUCCAUAUUUACAGAUUACCAUCGUGUACACCAAGCCUCACUGGAAAUUCUUCACAUUUGUUGCUCCUUCAUGGUGAUAGACUGACAAAGUGCUCCCUCUAGUGGUGUAUGUAGAACAGAGGGAGUAUCACACUUUAAAUGAGAGGAUUUAAAACUGAUGUGGCUUUAUUCCUCCAAGUGUGAUUACAUUAUCAGUCAACUGUUCCACGUUUUUAAUACAUCUUUUUUUUAAACUGGCAUAUGUUACACAUUAGACACUGUUCAUUGCUCAUAGACACCAACAAAGUGCCCCUGGAUGUUUAUGACCACUUUCUGUGAUGAGGAAUUAUUUUUCAUAAUUGUUUACAGGAUAGCAGAUAAAUGUACCUCCACAGGUUAUGUGAUUUAAUAGUGCCUUUAACCUGUGCCUCUAAUUAUUUAGUUUAUUCUGUCUGUGUGGUUGCAUCUCUUUCCAUUUAUUGUGAUAUAUGGAUCGUUUUUCAGCCUUGUUAAUUGUGAUUCUUCAUUCUAUAAAUCUUGUUAAUGAGUUCACACUCAAUGUUCAAGGAUUCUAUAAAACAUCUGAUUCUCUGUCAAGCUUUUAACACUUUAUGUUGCAAAGAAGUGGGUAUGAAGUUAACAGGUAAUGCUUGUUUUGUAAUAAGUACCAUUAUAUAUGAGACAAAAAGUUUGAUGUAUUUCCUUUCUACUUUUACCUCCAGUGCAUUUAUUCAAAAGCAACAGUAUAUUACAAUAAAGGUUUUAAAGCUCAUAUCGAAGUAUGAGUGAUACGGAUGUGCUGGACUCCAGCGACAACAAGUACUACUACUACUACUAAUCGUCUCAUCACUAACAUCGCUCUCUCUCUUAUUCUCCUCUAUCCCUCUU